CCGCCGGCACCACUCGCAACUGACCAGUCCUGAAAUCAGGACAGACACAGAAAUACUGAAACUGCGUGCAACUUCCUUAUCCCGACUGACCCUGCUGAGACCAGAGGGCCACUGACACCCCCCAAAUCUACCGAAACCCCCCCAAAUCUGAAACUUACCUUCCCGACUGACCCUGCUGAGACCAGAGGGCCACUGAAACCCCCUCCCCCCCAAAUCUCCUAUAUCACCCCAAAAAUGAUGGUGGGAGUGUCAGCGCUGACCCUGGUGACCCUUCUGAUCGUCGGGGUAUCCGGACGGCCGUCGCCGCAACUCAAACACCUGAAGUCUUUAGCCGAUCUUUUAUCCCAGGACCUGAGUUCCUCAGAGGAGGUCCUACUCAUGGAGAGUCUGGAAGAUUUGGGGGCGUCCAUCUCUGGGCCCCGCCCCCGGGAUACAGCCGUGCCUCAAGACUCCUCCCAGCUCCCGCCUAACCGCGCCUGGCUCCGCCUCUUCAGUGAUUUCAUGAACAACCAGAAGAAGUUUCGGGGGCGCACAAAGAAAUCAGGAAACUCCCGUGGAUGUUUUGGGAUGAAACUGGACCGGAUCGGAACUUUCAGUGGGCUGGGCUGUUAGCAUCAGGUCGGCCGCUCCAUUGACGACUCCCCGGGUGGGAUGAUUUCUCCAGAAAUAAAUGAAACAAACAAUGAACUAUGACCUACAAAUACGAGCCGUGGUGCUGCGCCCCCAAGACUGACGCAUUCCGCACACGGCAGAGACAAAGCUUUGUGUGUUGAUGAAUCCGCACUUUGUGUGUGAAGGAUUUCUUGUUUUUUAUUGGACGGUGAAUCGUUCAGAAGUCAUGACUUGUCUGCCAUGUUUUUGUAAGCAAUGUGACGCGGGAUUUUAUCCUGAGAUUCCCCAAUCCCCAUCUUCUAACGACUUGCACCCCAACAGGAACCGGGUGUGGGAAAUAAAGUGCAACUCAACCUAUAAUGUCUGUGUCUUAAUAAAAGUCUUAUGCCAAA